AUGCUUGCUCUGCUUCCAUCAGAACUCACUACACCGCACGUUCGCUCACACCUCGAAGGUACCAACGUGGCGCCUGUCAACUACAAAGUCAAUACGAAAGCAAACAUGUCUAUGGCAAACCUGACCCAGGUCGACAAGGCGCAGCAGCGCCAGCAGGAGCGUCGCCAACCCCGUGGGCUCUACCGCCGAAUGCUCGAUACAGCUGCUAGUAGGUGCAAGGACCAGGAACAGGCCUUCAUCGAUGCGGAGCGUCUAGCUGCGCACUCCGUCGUCAUCCAGGUCGCCCCGCGCAAGGUCAACUCCAAGGUCAAACAAGUUGUUCACACUCCGUCGAACAAUCAGCUCGCGACCGGUCACAAGGGGGGAAAGGAGGUAUCGAAGGUUCAAGAGGGCAAAGCGCGCGCGACCACCCAGCGCGAAGGUCCCAACCAUGGGCAUGGCUCAGAGCCGGCAUCCAGCACUUCUACCUCUCUGAAGACUCCGUACGUUCGCAACUUGGUGGCAUCCAGCGAGCUCUUGUGA